GGCUCCUCCCCGCUUCCGCCCCGUCUCCGGAGCAACGCGGAAGCUCCGCCCCGUCAUGGCGCCGGAGGAGAGCGUGGAAGCCUCGCGCCUGCUGCAGAGUUUCGAGCGCCGCUUCCUGGCGGCGCGCGCGCUGCGCUCCUUCCCCUGGCAGAGCCUAGAAGAGAAAUUAAGGGACUCCGGUCCUGAGCUGCUGCUGGAUAUUUUACAGAAGACCGUGAAACACCCUCUGUGCGUGAAGCAUCCGCCGUCUGUGAAGUAUACCCGGUGCUUUCUCUCGGAGCUCAUCAGAAAGCACGAAGCUGCUCAUGAAGAGCCUUUGGACGAGCUGUACGAGGCGUUGGCAGAGAUCCUGACAGCCGAGGAGCCCACUCAGUGCCACAGGAGCUAUCUGUUGCCUUCCGGGGACUCAGUCACACUCUCCGAGAGCUCAGCCAUCAUUUCCCAUGGCACCACCGGCCUGGUCACGUGGAAUGCUGCACUCUACCUUGCAGAAUGGGCCAUAGAGAACCCAGCGGCUUUCACUCACAGGACUGUCUUAGAGCUCGGCAGUGGAGCCGGCCUCACAGGCCUGGCCAUUUGCAAGAUGUGCCAUCCUAGAGCAUAUGUCUUCAGUGACUGUCACGGCCUUGUCCUCGAGCAGCUCCGAGGAAACAUCCUUCUCAAUGGCCUCCUGUUAGAGUCAGAUGCCACCGCCCCUGCGCAGCACCCAGGACACAACACCCACAACACAGAGAGCCCCAGGGUGACGGUGGCACAGCUGGACUGGGACAUCGUGACGGCCCCUCAGCUCGCUGCCUUCCAGCCAGACGUCAUCAUCGCAGCAGAUGUGCUGUACUGCCCAGAAACUGUCCUCUCGCUGGUCAGGGUCCUGCAGACACUCUCUGCUUGCCAGAAGGACCGGCAGGCUCCUGACGCCUACAUUGCCUUCACCAUCCGCAACCCAGAGACAUGCCGGCUGUUCACCACUGAGCUAGAGUACUGUGAGCCUCGAAAAGAAUGAAGUCCUUCUGGAGAUGGGACUUAUGGGGAAAAGUAUCUACAGGAAGGCUGGGAUCUCAUGGGAAGCAGUGCCUCGCCACAACCAGAAGCUAUUUCCCUACGAAGAGCACUCGGAGAUGGAAAUUCUGAAACUAAUGCUGUAGGUUUGCAGAUGUUUGGGGAAAUUACCACGAAAAUUAAAUCACUUGGGAAAGAAUUUUUAUGUGGGAAAGCUGAUAAAACUUUCACUGGACUUAAA